AGGCUGGUUAUUUAACAUCUGCCUGAGUGUGGAGACAGCACUGUCGAAGGCUCCUGCUCAAGACAAUGAAACUUCUCAAUUACGCUCUGGUCUAUCGCCGCCUUCUCCUCGUGGUUCUCAGUGUGUUGGUUUUAUUACCGCUCCCCCUCAUCGUCCGCACCAAGGAAGCAGAAUGCGCCUACGUCCUCUUUGUUGUUGCCCUUUUGUGGAUCACAGAAGCCUUGCCCCUGUCAAUUACAGCUCUACUGCCUGGCUUAAUGUUCCCCGUGUUUGGGAUCAUGCCUUCCACGCAUGUGGCUUCUGCUUAUUUCAAAGAUUUUCACCUUCUGCUAAUUGGAGUCAUCUGUUUAGCAACAUCAAUAGAAAAAUGGAAUUUGCAUAAGAGGAUUGCUCUGAGGAUGGUGAUGAUGGUGGGUGUGAAUCCAGCUUGGCUGACGCUGGGCUUCAUGAGCAGUACUGCCUUCUUAUCCAUGUGGCUUAGCAACACCUCCACCGCUGCCAUGGUGAUGCCCAUCGUGGAGGCCGUGGCGCAGCAGAUCAUCAGUGCUGAAGCAGAGGCCGAGACCACUCAGAUGACUUAUUUCAAUGAAUCUGCAGCCCAUGGACUGGAAGUUGAUGAAACAGUUAUUGGACAAGAAACAAAUGAAAGUAAAGAGAAAACAAAACCAGCUCCAGGAAGCAGUAAUGACACAGCAAAAGUUUCAAGCAAGAUGGAGACAGAAAAGAACUUAUCCACAGGACCAAAAUACCGGUCAAAGAAAGACCACAUGAUGUGUAAACUCAUGUGUUUGUCUAUUGCUUACUCUUCAACCAUUGGCGGGCUGACCACAAUCACGGGGACCUCCACCAACCUGAUCUUCGCCGAGCAUUUCAAUACACGCUACCCCGAGUGUCGCUGCCUCAACUUUGGAUCCUGGUUUUCGUUUUCCUUCCCGAUUUCUAUUAUUCUUCUACUCUUGUCCUGGAUCUGGCUUCACUGGCUUUACUUAGGAUUCAACUUUACGGAGAUGUUCAAGUGUGGCAAAACCAAAACAGUCAAAGAAAAAGCUUGUGCUGAAGUGAUCAAGCAAGAAUAUGAAAAACUUGGACCAAUGAGGUAUCAAGAAAUCGUGACCUUGGUAAUCUUCAUAAUAAUGGCUCUGCUCUGGUUCAGUAGGGAUCCUGGCUUUGUCACUGGUUGGUCGGUCCUGUUUUCAAAGUACCCUGGUUUUGUUACAGAUUCAACUGUUGCUUUAGUUACAGGACUACUUUUCUUUGUAAUUCCAGCGAAGAAAUUGACAAAAACUACAUCUACAGGAGAAAUUGUUGCUUUUGAUUACACUCCCCUGAUUACUUGGAAAGAGUUCCAGUCAUUCAUGCCGUGGGACAUAGCCAUUCUGGUGGGCGGAGGCUUUGCCCUGGCAGAUGGCUGUCAGGUAUCAGGACUAUCUAGCUGGAUAGGAAGUAAAUUAUCUCCUUUAGGUUCAUUACCAGUUUGGCUAAUAAUUCUGAUAUCUUCUUUGAUUGUCACCUCUUUGACGGAGGUAGCCAGCAACCCAGCUACCAUCACUAUUCUUUUCCCAAUAUUAUCUCCCUUGGCUGAAGCCAUUCAUGUGAACCCUCUUCAUAUUUUGCUGCCUUCUACGCUUUGUACCUCAUUUGCAUUCCUUCUGCCAGUUGCAAAUCCACCCAAUGCUAUUGUCUUUUCAUAUGGCCACCUGAAAGUCAUUGACAUGGUUAAAGCUGGACUCGGAGUAAAUAUCCUGGGUGUUGCUGUGGUAAUGCUGGGCAUAUCCACCUGGAUAGCACCCAUGUUGAACCUGCACGAGUACCCCUCCUGGGCUCCUGACGUAGUUAAUCAGACCAUGCCAUGACAAACAUGAACAAGUUCACGGGGACUUGCGGACCGGCUGAGAAUUCAGUGUAAGAAGCAGCUGUGUAUAUGUGACCCGCGUAAGCCACAGAUUCUGCCGCUGCAGCUGCGGAGCAUGCUCCGCACUUGUCACAAUACAGAGUCCAUGUGUCUUCUGAAAUACAAAGAGCCUCUACAUGCCUUUAUCCAGAAACUGAAGGUUGAGAUGGUGUUGGCAGACCAUCUGAAUACUCUUCUCCACUAAAAGAAAAAACAAGAAGAAAGAAAGAGAAGAUGCUUAGUGAUCCUCAGAGAAGUUAGGCCACAUUCCCCGCAUCUUAAACUUGGAGAUCAAUGUAACAUUUCAAAUGCCAGUUUAUUAUUUGAAAAGCUUCUUAUAAAAGUGAAAACAAAAUAAAAUAUAAAAGUAAA